UCUUCAAAAAAGCAAAAAAAAAGUCUAACUAAAAAAUCAAAACCAACCAACACCCACUAAGACAAAGUCCCCCAGCUCUUCAGAUCAGUUGUUGAGGCCCUUGAUUGAUGAGAGAGAUAUCAAAAUUAUAUUUUUAAUACCAUGAUUGCCCUUUUUCUUUUCUGUUAGACCAGCUUUUUAUUCUUUGGGAGACCAAAACAAAAAAUAAACAGAAGACAUAUAAAUAAAGAAAGAGAGAUGUGAAGCUGGUAAUGGGCCAUGGCAAUCCACAUUCCACACCCACCCUUUUAUUAUUCUUUGCUUUGAUUUUCAGGCUUUCCUUCUUCUUUACUGCAACUCGUACUGUUGUUGUCACCAUCUUUCCCUUUUUUUGCCAUCCCAAAAUCUUUGCUUUCAGUGCCCCCCUUCCUCCAAAGGUAUCUCCUUUUUUGGGACAGCGUUGUUGGUUGAUGCUAAGUUCGAUACAGAUACUUACCAUCAGCAAUGGGUUCUGGAAAUUUGUUGAAGACAAUAAUAAAGAAAGUGAAAAAUGACAGCCCAAAGCAAGUGAAGGGAUCUUCAGCUUCUACAAAAUCCAAUGGCUUCAAAUGGAAGAAACACCAGCGUAAGUCAUCCACUAAAACAAGUUUUACUAGUGGAAAUGCCAACACCCUUGGCAUGCCAAUUGAGGAUUUAGCAGCAAUUCGGAUUCAAACUGCGUUCCGGGCCUAUAGGGCUAGGAAGAGUUUACGUCGAUUGAAAGGUACAGUAAGAUUACAGGCUAAAACCCAAACUUAUUCCAUAGAAAAGCAAGCUACAACAACAUUAAAUUAUCUUCAUUCAUGGAGCAACAUACAGGCUCAGAUAAGAGCUCGUCGACUCUGUAUGGUAACAGAAGGGCAUCUUAGACAGAAGAAAAUAGCAAAUCAGCUGAAGCUUGAGGCAAAACUACAUGACCUAGAGGUGGAAUGGUCUGGUGGCCCUGAAACAAUGGAGACAAUUCUCACAAAAAUACAUCAGAGAGAAGAAGCAGCUGUUAAGCGGGAGCGAACUAUGGCAUAUGCCUUUUCCCAUCAGAACUUCAUCAGAAUUUCAACUAUCCUGUGCCCUCUUAUUGAAAUCAAGACUGAAGAUUGGAUGCAGACAACAGCCACUCUCUGCCUAUUAUUUCCACUACGCUAAUGAUCCUGUCCAGACAUGAAUUGCCUGUAAAAAUUAGAUCCUAAUGGCUUUAAGUGCUGGGAGCAGUAGUUGGCUGUUGUUCAGCCUUUUUAAAGGGUAUUUCUAUUUGUAGCUUUUUCAAGGAGGGGCCAGUAAUCGCCAACCCUUUUGCUUCUAGUUGAACUGCUACUAUAAUGGGAUCUGUUCAACUUUCCAGCUCUAUCCUGAAGAUACUAUCUGUAAUUGGCAGGUUAGGGCCAAGUAAUUAAUUGAUUCUUGAUAGACAACCAGCUCCCAUGAGGCCCCUUGGUGUUAGCCCUUGUUCUCGCUAGUGCCCUUGCUAAUGAAAUUAAACUUCUGAAGUUAUGACUAACUAGUAGAUGGGGGCUCCUUCAGUCAUCACCAGGAAAAGUAGCAUAGGCGCUCUCAAUUAUUUGGGGUAGUUCUGUUGCUUAUCCAAUCACCAACAUAGUGUUAUGAAUACGGAGAAGCUGCCUAGUUUUGUAUGGAUUGAUAGCUUCUUGUUGCCAUUUAUGGAGUGUGGCUCACCUCUCAUUGUAAAGACUACUUUGGAUGUAACCUUCCAGAAAGGGGUUAGGAUUAGGCCUGUUGAGGUUUGAGCGAGCCAUGUUACAGGUUAAACGUUCAUUCAUUUAGUUUGAACAAUUUUUUUCUCUUUUGGACAUGUUUCUUGACAAAGUGUCACAG